AUGUUUGGAUUAGUCAAUGGAAAAAUCUCAAGUUCCGAAAUUAAUUUAACCAAGAUUAAUUGGCGUAUCAAUAAUAUGGAUGAUGGUUGGAAUACUUACUUGUGCCAAACUUCCGAAAAUAUUUACAAUGAUACUUUGAUCUUUCCUGAUAUGGACAGUAUUAAAGCUUUGGUUUCAAAUCAAGAUAAUACAAAUGAUACAAAAGAUCCUAUAGACAUAAGUUUCAAAAAUCAAGAAUAUAAAUGGAAAAUCGAUCAGAAGAGUAAAGUCAUCUCAAUUUAUAAACAUCCAAAUGAAGAACUAUGUUCAACAAAAGAAUUGCAGCAAGUUGAUUGUUUGGAAAAAUUCUUGAUAAUAAUUCAUUAG